AGGCGCCAGUGAUUGGACAGCCGUGAUACCUACCGCGUUUUAAAAUCAAAUCAGUCUAACAGUCAAUCUUUAUAGCUUCACAGUGUCAUCAUCAGAGGUCUGACCAACUGCGAAAAAAAGUGAUGAAAUGAAUUAUAAUCCGUUGAGUUUGAAGAGAAGAAUGGAGUUCGCAGCAAUCCCUUUAUGAAUUAUAAGCAAGGUGUGAAGCGAUUAUACCAGGACAGUCAUAGGUUGCGAAGGCGCAACUGGGCCCCCGCUAAUUUUUGGCUCGUUUUUCCUUGGACCAGACUGGAUAUACCAAAGUAGUGUUUGUGGGGCGGAGCUAAAUAAGAAGCGCUCACUACUGCUGUAUCUUCAAAGGUUGCUGCGCUCUGAUUGGAGCAACUGCUCAGCGGCCACCAAUGAGCGUUUUGACUAAGUCUUCUGUAGUUGUCCCGGCUGAGAUUGCUAUUCUAACGUGGCUGACCCGACACACUCAAGAUUCCAGAACACCACAAACACUUUCCGCAAACGCACAUCUGUCUUGCUGCGAGUUUACUUCAGUGUUAUUCAUUAAGCUCCAGAGGUAUACGCGAAGCACCAGAAAAGGAACGCAAACUUUACUUCAAGCUCAUUUUGUAUGAGCAGUCAUUCAUCCUUUUCACCCAAGUCUCAUAUUCGCUGCUGCUGCUGUAUGCAUAUCACUAGAGAUUGACUGUUUUGUCAAGAACAGUUUCGACAGCAAUGGUACAGACCUUUUUAUAUAGCUAUCUGAAGACGAAGGGCGAAUAUCAUAAAGACUACUGGAGGACUGAAGUCUUGGCAGACACCGAGGUUCAUCAGUGUGUGUGCCAACGCAACAUGGCGGGAGAGGCCAUUAGUGAGACAUCUUUGGAGGUCACGGGUGAACCGGAGCCGAUUACCUACUCGUGGAACAAUAUCAAUGUAUUCUAUACUCCACCGGCCGUGUCGAAAGGACUCUUUCAGAAGUCCGAGUCUUUACCCGGAGAGAUUAACAUCCUGAAGGAUGUGACAGGUAUCUGUCGGCCCGGUGAGCUGCUCGCCAUUAUGGGGUCGUCAGGAGCUGGCAAGACGACGCUGCUCAAUGUCCUCAACCACCGGAACACCCAGGCACUGACGGUCACCGGAGAUUUGUUUGUGAACGGAGAGCGCGUCGACCCCGAAGCCUUGACGGGCUGCUCAGCAUACGUCCAGCAAGACGACAUGUUCUUGGGGUCGCUCACGGUUCGUGAGCAACUCAUCUUUCAGGCACUUCUGAGAAUGGACAAGUUCUGCUCCUACGACGAAAGGAUAAAGCGAGUCGAUGAAGUCAUUUUAGAGCUGGGGCUGUUUAAGUGCCAAGACACGCUGAUUGGCGUCCCGGGAAAAACCAAGAGUAUUUCUGGAGGCGAAAUGAAGCGUCUCUCUUUUGGCUGUGAGCUGCUGACGAACCCGUCGUUGCUGUUCUGCGACGAGCCCACCUCCGGCCUCGACUCCUUCAUGGCGCAGAACGUGGUGGCCGUGAUGAAGCAAAUGGCCGAGAAGGGCAAGACGGUCAUCACCACGAUCCACCAGCCAAGCUCCGAAGUCUUCGGCAUGUUUGACAGGCUCCUUCUGAUGGCCGAAGGCCGCGUGGCCUUCCUCGGAGAGAUGGAUGAAGCCCUGGCCUUCUUCAGGGGACUGAACAUGCCUUGCCCCGACAAGUUCAACCCAUCCGAUUUCUUCAUUGACCAGCUGUCCGUUGAACCCGGAAAUGAAACGUACGACAAAGUCCGUAUUAAGGGAAUCUGCGCCUCCUUUGCUGGCAGCAAGAGGUUCCUAGAAAUUCAGGAGGCGGCGAAACUGAACCAAGAAGUGGACGAGGAACAUCGGCGCAGCCCAAGUUGGACAGGUGACAAAUCUCCGUACAAAGCCUCCUGGUGUUCACAGUUCAGUGCUGUGCUCUGGAGAGCCUGGCUGGAAGUCAUCCGAGAACCUUUCCUGAUAAGAGUUCGGUUUUUCCAGUUAAUGGCCAUUGCUAUUCUAGUUGGCUUCAUCUACAUGAAGCAGAACUUAGACCAAAUAGGAGUUCACAACAUUAACGGUGCUCUGUUUUUGCUUAUAACGAAUAUGACAUUCCAGAACUGCACCGCCGUUAUAAAUACCUUCUGCGCUCAGAAACAUCUCUUCUUGCGGGAGCACCUGAACGGAAUGUACAGAACUGACGUUUAUUUCCUGGCGAAAAAUCUCGUUGAAUGGCCGUUUUUCACAGUGUAUUCCAUGAUGUACACUUCCAUCGUCUACUUCCUUAUCGGCCUAAAUCCAGAUCUGGAGAGAUUCUUCAUGUGUGUUCUCAUCUCUGUUCUGACCACCUGGACGGCUGUGUCUUUCGGUCACUUGCUGUCGUGCUUAUCCUCCAGCGUCGACAUGGCUCUCACCCUAAUGGCGCCUCUCCUGAUGCCCCUUAUGCUCUUUGGUGGCUUUUUCCUUAAUACGAGAUCGACGCCUGUCUACCUGCGUGGUCUCAAGUACCUGUCAUGGUUCCACUACGGCAACGAAGCACUUGUACUGAAUCAGUGGACGGGCGUCACCAACAUCACCUGCAGCACCGGCGAGACUUGUUACGCCGACGGUGAAGCCGUGAUCACGCGAAUGGGUUACGACGAUUCGAACAUCGGCCAAAGCCUGGUUGGACUCGCUUGUCUGAUUGUUGGUUUCCGUUUGCUGGCGUACUUCUUCUUGCUCUUGAAGACGAGAAGAAGUAAAACUCAUUAGUCUCCCAUUUAGGCCUAAGGUUUUCGAUAUUUUAUUGUUCCUACUUGAGAUGCGGCUGUGCAGAAGUUAUGGCUUGAACAGCGUUCCCUUAUGAUGCUGUGUGAGAAGUAACGAUUGCUAUUUAUUUCCUGAAGGGUAUCUUGUUGAAGGCGUGAAUGAUAAAGAGAGCGUCGGUUAUCUGGUCUGAAUAGAGAGCGAUAUAUUUUUGAAGCUUUAAAGUCAGUCAUACAUUCUUCAUAUGUUCUUUAAUAACUUUGAUAAUCCUCAUCUCAUGUCUUGAUAUCAUAUGUUUAUAUAGACUAUAAGAGCAGAAUGUGGUUCUCACAGAAAUUCAUUAUUCAUGAUAAUACUUCCCCAAUUAUCACCAUCCAUUACACUCGGUAAAUAGCCAUUGUCACUCAUUGACUGACCGUAUGAUAUUUAGCCCAUGUUUGCAUCCGUAGGCACAGUAGUCUUUGUGAAGACUCCUGCUGGUUGGAUGAUUGUGUUUCAAUUAUGGAUACAGCAAUUAGAGUACGGGUCUAUUUAUUAUUAUGUUCAUCUGUGCUGCGCGUUCCUUUGCGAAGUCUUCCUUCUUUCCUUCGCCUCUCGCUCCGAGCAGUGGAAACGCCCAAAUAACCAGUGACAAUCAGGUUGUCGUUUAAUAUAGCGAGUCAUCAUCUCAUCGUCAUAGAACCUUGUAGUACAAUAGUCAUGACAUUGCAAUACAUCCUCAUGAAACUCAUCUACAAAUGGAAACAUCCUUUAUGUUGUAAAUAUUCCCCAAGAAUGAAAGACGUUGUGUUACUCAAUGUUUACAGUGUGUACAGAUUUAUAGUAUCCCAUAAAGGAAAAAUGUGAAUGACAACUCGUUUUCUUACUAUCCCUAGAAUGGCUCAACAGUUGAGCCCCGUAGGGAAGUAGUGCCGUCAGUGCAUCUCACGUGGUGCACCGUAGGUAUUAAUCAAGAUUCCUCGCAGCGUCCCUUCGGCCACUAGCUGCAACCCUCGUUGUCUCUUUUACUGUACCUCUGUUCAUAUCUUCUUUGUUCCAUCAUACCUUCCCCCUUUUCUAACGUUGCUUCAACACCGUGACUGCAGGGUUUGCCUCCUUUUGCACUUUUCAAACUUUUCUACUCUCAAUUUCAGUUUCAGCGCUGAAUGACCUAAUGGUACUAGCGAUUGGCCUAAACUUUGUAUUCUGUGUAUCUGUCUAUCUAUCAACAGUUGAAAAAAAUCUGUUUCACUAACCCGGAGGUUCUUGACCCACAUAUAUGUAGGAGACUGCAGCCCAAAAUCACGUCUGAAAUGUGUUAACAGACUGUCACGACAAAUGAACCUGAAAUCGAAGAAACGUUGUGGCUAUAUUAUAACCUUCGAUGUCUCGACUUCAAUAAAUCUAACUUGUUUAAGGAAAAGCCUGCGAAUAUAUGUUCAGAAUCUAGACUUUUCAAACAAACAGCAUCAGAAGUCUUUCACGAGUGCUUCCAAAUAAAUGAAACAGUUCAAAUACGGCCAUGGUUACCUGCAUGUGGGAGGUGCCAAGUCCUCAUAGAUACCAGGAUAUGGAAGAAGAAGUUCUCAUAGGUAUCAGCACUGGGAGAAGUCAAAUGCCAGAGAUCAGAGGCAGACUGGCCACUUAACUAUGGCCAGUGCCGCUUCCUCAAAAAGAUGAAAAGAAAGGGAAAGAAAAGGAAAAAAAUCAGCCUCCAUUUAUAUAGUGACAAUUCGAGUUUUAUUAAGAUCC